GCAGCACCGUGGAGGACAACGUGCACUCAUCCAGUCUAUGAGGUGUGUGUCAGUGACAAACAAACAGGGACAACGCGCGGACACACUGCUGUAUUUACAUGCGUUCAUCCAGACAGAGGCGAACGAAACAAGGGAGCUCUAACAGGAUUAUUUCAUGUCUGCUUAAAUGUGUGUUGGAGGUUUUGUGGAUAUAGAAGUGGAGUGCUUUUGGAGAUUUUGGCUCACUGUGACUGGGCUGUGACUUCUGCCUGCAGUAUUGCAUGUUUCCUGAGAUGGAAUAAUCUGAAUUUUCAUUCACCAAAGGGAUUAUUGAUCAACUUUUCUCGCUCUCCAUGGUGCUUGAAGGCAGGGAGAUGGAUGGGAUCGGGAACACCAUGCAGAAGAAAGCAGCGGAGCUGGAGAGGCUGGCUGAGGUGCUCGUCACCGGUGAACAGCUCAGGUAGGUCGGCUGAGGAUCCUCGCUGUACCGCGGUUUGCAGCGGAUCCUAUGUGGGGCACAAUUUUCAUCAUCAUCUGCAAAGUGAUCCCCGAAUGCUGCGGCUCCAUGAGGGGAAGGUGAUCAAGGACCGACGGCACCACCUGCGAACUUACCCUAACUGCUUUGUGGCAAAGGAGCUCAUUGAUUGGUUGAUUGAACACAAGGAAGCCUCAGAUCGAGAUACAGCCAUUAAGAUUAUGCAAAAACUUCUGGAUCAGAGCAUUAUUCACCACGUGUGUGACGAGCACCGGGAGUUCAAAGACAUGAAGCUGUUCUACCGUUUCCGCAAAGAUGACGGGACGUUCCCGCUGGACAGUGAAGCUAAAGUCUUCAUGAGGGGGCAGAGACUCUAUGAAAAGUUGAUGAACACAGAGAACAAUCUACUACAAACCAGAGAAGAAGAGGGCGGGACGUUUGAGCGGACGCUGGUGGCCUCUGAGUUCAUUGACUGGCUGCUGCAGGAAGGAGAGAUGCCGACCAGAGAGGAGGCAGAGCAGCUGGGACGGAGACUUCUUGAACAUGGCAUCAUCCAGCACGUUACCAACAAGCAUCACUUUGUGGACGGGCCCCUCCUUUUUCAGUUCAGGAUGAAUUUCCGGCGUCGGCGGCGACUGAUUGAACUCCUUCAUGAGCGUGGACGCAGCAUCCCUGAGACCCACGACAGCCCAUUCUGUCUCCGUAAACAGAACUCAGAUGGAGGAAACACCAGCUUCCUCUCAGUGAGUCCAACUAAAGAGAUAAAGGUGGCCGUGGGGGUUCGACGAAGCAGCAUGAGCAGCAGCUGUGGCAGCAGUGGUUACUACAGCAGCAGUCCAACACUCAGCAGCAGCCCACCUGUGUUGUGCAACCCAAAGUCUGUUCUCAAAAGACAAGUGAGUCCAGAGGAGCUGCAGACACCGGGAGGACCUUUCCUAAAGAAGACAUUCACUAUCAUGGGGGAUGCUGUGGGCUGGGGCUUUGUAGUGCGAGGAAGUAAACCCUGUCACAUCCAGGCCGUGGACCCUGGUGGACCCGCAGCAGCUGCUGGCAUGAAGGUGUGUCAGUUUGUGGUGUCAGUGAAUGGGCUGAACGUCCUCUCUCAGGACUACAGGACCGUCAGCAACCUAAUCCUAACCGGGCCCCGGACGAUCGUCAUGGAGGUGAUGGAGGAGGUGUAAGAGCGAGGAGAGCAAAGACAGAUUCCCUCAUAGACGAGUAGUGCAGUAAUAUUGACUGUGGAGACUACAAGGUUUGACCUCAAAACCACAGUGACAGAGCGAUGUGACGACUUGAGCCGCUCUGUUCAGUCUUUGUUUGGACAAGGUGGAUGACUGAGCAUGUUUUAAGAAUGUGGGUUUUCGAGUCAAGUCAAUGAUUCAACCUGUGGACAAAACACAGGUUGUACUUGAUUUUCUUUCAAGUUCAAGAGCCACCACCUUCUCUGCAGACAGUGACCAGAGUGCUUCUGUCUGCCCCAAACCACUUUAAAUUAUGAGACGAACCCAGAGUUUAUGUCCCUGUUUUGGUUAAUUUCUGAACCACAACUUUAUUCAGAAUCUGUUCUGCUUUAACGGGCAACAAAGAAUGGGGAAUAAUGUUUUUAUUUUCUAUUACAUAAAGGAGACAAACUGUGCUGUGACUAAGAGAAAGGAUAUCUCAUGCUAACACAUUCAGUGACCUCUCCCCCACUUACUAACGACCCUUGGGCUGAGGCUGCUGGUGGCUCAACACUGCCCUCUGCUGGUAGAGACAGCCAGACACAAAAGGAGGGAAAUGCUAAAAUCAACAGUCGUGCUAAAUAGAAUAAAAUUUACCCAUGUUGUGUAAAAAGAUAAAAAAGACUAAACUUUAGAGGUAGGUUUACAGUAUAUGUAGCUGCUAAGAUUUAGAUUAAUUUACAGAAAAUUGCUAUACAGUGAUUUGCUGUAAGUGAGCUGAAAAGGCACAAUGUAUAUAGAGAAGUUACUUAAAAAGACUUUAUGCACAAACCCAGGAAAAUGUUGUGUUUAUGGGCUGAAGUCUGAUUUGAGUUCCUUUUAAACAACGACAGUACUGAGAACAUCAUGGAGACUUUUUACAAAAAAAGUUUUAACAAUGAUUUACAUCCCCUGAUUGUAGCAGCAUUUUUAUUUUUAAUUUCUUUUUUAAGUUGAGGUUUCUUUUGUGAAGCUUAAACAAGAUAAAAUUGACACUAUGUCAUAAUUUUUAAACUUUUUUUUUUUAAAAGUAUAUUACACCUAAUAUUUAUGGUUGAGAUUCCCUAAAAUACUACCAAAAUUAGGUCUUGUUUCACAAAUGUGCUUAUUUGCCAAAAUAUGAAAAUCAAAAGUUAAUACAUACAUACAUGCCAAAAAAGUCUUAAAAAGUGUAAUUUAUCUCCAAUUUAAUGAAGCAGCAGCUGUAAAGCUGUUAAAACAUUUGAGUUUCCAUAAAAAUAUCAAAAUUUUUAAAAGUGAUUCUCUUGAAAAAAAAAAAAUAUAUAUUUUAAGAGUAAUAAAGAUCUACUCAGUGAUUCUAGUGUGAUAAGCCUUUAGUCAAAAUCAGAAUUUAGACUGGUGAUAUAGCUAUGAAGCUGUUAUUAUUUGUUUAAACUUUUAUGACCCAACUAAACUAAAUCAGCAUCCCAAAACCAUUUCUCAUUACAUAUUUAAUUUGAAAUAAGUCCAACAGGGUUCAGUGUUAGGAAAGGAUGGGAACACUUUAUUUUAGCCAGCCCUAAUUAGCUAGUAAUUGUAUAGUAAUGAGUGAUAAUUAUUUUAUAACUCCUUCAAAAUAAGGUUUUAAUUACCUUGUAAUAAGUUGGGAUUUUAAUAACUGAGCAACAUGGUAUAUUAAGGAAUUAGUUACGUGGUAAUAAUGUAUUAAUUAUCAAAUAAUUCCUCAUAAUGUUCUAGCAGCUCGUUGGUAGUUACGUGAUAUUUCACCCUAAACCAAACCCUGUAACCCUUACACUAACCCCUUGACCAACCCUAUCCCCCUAACCCUAAUCUUAACCCCCAAAAUUACUUGAAAAUUAUUCAGGAAGGACUCACUUUAACUUAGUGAGCCAAAAUAAAGACGUAAUCUAGAAACUAUCAAACAACUGAUAUAGAAAGUUAUCAUCUUAUUUCUUAGAAAUUACUGGGUACAAUAUUAUGAAUUAGGGGGUUAGGGUAAAAUACCACCUAAUUACCAGAGAAUUUUGAGGAAUUACUUGAUAAUUAAUACAUAACUACAAGGUAAAUACUUCCUUGACAUUACCGAAAUAUUACUUAGAAAAAUUCUAACUUCUUACUAGAUAACUACCAAAUUAUUUGGGAGAAAUUACUUGAUCUUUACCACUUAAUACUAUAAAAUUACUAGUUGAAUAAUGGCCAUCUACAGAAGUGCUACCUAACAGUCCUAACUUUGUGAAUGUUUCUAUAUCACUUUAUAAUAACUUUCAAGCAUUACUAAAGCAAUAGUAAAGCAUUAGUAGGUACUUAACUCAUCAUUUAUAAAGCAUUAUUUAUUCUUUAUAUGCCAUAAAUGCUUAUUUGAUGCACUCGUAUAGCAUCAAAGUACUUAUAGCUGAUUUUUAAAUGACAUAGAAACAAGAUAAAAUGCUUUAUAAAUGCUAAUUUAAAUAUUUACUAAUUCUUUGCUAAUGCAUCAGAAAAGCAUUUAUAAUUGUUUUCAUAAAUGACCUAUAAGUUAGUAAAUAAUAUUUCAUAAUUUCUGAGGUAUUUACUAAUGCUUUUGUAAUUCUUUACUUAUGUAUUAUGAAUGCUUUAAUUGUGUGGUUAUUAUCAAGUGUUACCAUUUUUUUCAAACAGCCCUGUAAAUGGACCGGGAUGGGGGAAAGCAAGUGGAAAGGACAGGCUUCUUCUACCAAUGUGCAUAAUUUUUAUGAGGUAAAGUAGCAAAUAUGGCAGAGAAAAAUCUAAAGUGGCACGGCCAGAAAAUUCAUGAAAAUGUGAUCACAGUGCAUUAACGUGUGAAAGCAGGAGAAACCUGUCAAUCUUGAGCUCUGCACCAGCUACUAGUCCUGUUGUUAGUGCUUUUUCCUUGAGAGGAACACAUCCAAUGUUUAUUUAUUUGGCUUUUUAGUUCUUAUACAGUAUCAACAGUCUCUUUACUGAAUGACUGACUAAUCUUUAGAGCAGGCUUUGAUGUCAAAGGGGAGAUAUUUUACCCUUUUAAGACAAGUUGAUAUUGUUCUCAGAGGUCCCCAAAACAUGCCUGUGAGAUUUAUUGCUGAAAAAACACUCUAGUAUUGGAUAUUUGCAUGUCUAAAAAGCCCUCUGUUUCAGCCCUUAUCAGAACGAGCCGUUUCUGUGGCUGUGGCUUUAAAUAUUAAUGAGCUGUCUGACUCCACCCAUGACCACACCCCUCUCAGGACAUGUACGUGGUACUCCUAAAGUUAAAAUGUUACAGACACUUUUAUCCAAAGUGAAGGACCUGACUGGGAUUCGAACCAUCAUUCUCUCUGUCCAAAGUGAGCAGGGUAACCCACUGAGCUAUCCAGCAUCUCAGCUGGCAGCUUAGAGGGAGAUCACGAGAGGAGAGUGGAACUGGGCAGGGCCAACCAAACCUGGGGUGGGUGCUUACUCCACAGGAGGUCAUGAGGGGAAAAUCUGAGAAGGGCUUGUUUCACCACACAUUUUCUGAAAGGUGGAAGAAGAGAGGGUGGAAGGGAGUGGAUUUUUCUGGUAUUUGAGGGGAUUGUGGACAGGCCAGGGGUACAGAUUGUUGUUAGAAAAGCCUGAAAAAGUAAUUUUUGCAUAAUAUGUCCCCUUUGAAUAAAUGGUUUUGUAGCCUUUAAAUUGAUAGCAGAAUUAUCUGUAUGUUUACAGACUGCAUCAUCAUGUGCUUAGACAUACUAGCAUGAGAAAAUCACAUUAAAAACUAUUUUAAAGAAGAGCAUGAAUAAAUGAUGUUCAUAGCACUCCAACAGUAACACUAAGUAUGUGUCAGUAAUCCAUCGUUGAUUCAUGAGUGAACUCUUGUUUUAUUGUCUAUUUCAGACAAAACUACACUGCCCGCUUCAUUGGAUGUGAACUUAGUUUGGUCCCAAAGUGAAAUAAUGAGUAAAAAUCUUUAAGUGAGGUGAAUUUUUCCUAUUCCAGGUGAACACAUAUUCAGGAAAUCAUCAUUGCCAAACAGUAGAAUAAACUGUAUGUUACAGUAAACUGCCUCUCAGUGAGUUUUCAGUGGACGUGUCUUUGGUGUUUCUCAGCGUGCUUCAGUGAUGUAAAACGCAUGAUUCCUGUAAAUCUGUGCUCCUUUAGUGUUAGCUGCUGAUCCAAAGCUUCUCCCGCUGGUGACAUGUAGGAUUGAGAUAUGUGAGAAAUCAUUUCAGAAGUAAAUCGAUUUGAGCCUUUAAAAGUCACUGUUUUCUCAAGCUCCUGUUUUUCAGAGACAUAUAACAGAACAAAGUGUGUAAAUAAGAAUUUUAUAAGAUUAAUGUGGAAUAUUUUGGAGUUUAUUAGACAUCUGUCAUGUUCUCUGGUUGACUCUGACGGACUUUCACAACAUUUCGACUUGUUGCUGAUUUCAAAAAUUGUCCUCUCAUGUUGUUGGAUGAUGCCAUAUUGUAAAGUUUACUUUUUAACUCUUGUUAAUCUGAAGUUUAUUGAUAUUUCCUUGGUUUGGUUUGCUGAGUUUGAAGAGGAUAAAAAUUGAGACUGUAGACAGGUAUUUGUAAUCCUUUCUUUAGUUUUUCCACACUUUGGGAUUUUUCCAUUCAGUGAAUAACAUGACUGUUUUGUAGAAAUACUAUGGUUGAAAUCUAGCGUCUGCAUUUGUUCUUUUUCUUCAAAUCAAACUUCAACUUCUGUACCUGCAGUUUUCCUUUUAUAUAUACAAUAUAAUUGUGUACAGAAGUGAUGUGGCUGACGGAUUUUUCAAAUAGUAGAGAAAGAAAUUGUCUGAAUGCAUUUUGGAAAUGGCAUAAAAGUUUAUUUGUGGACUUUGUGGAGAUAAAUACACAGAAGUGUUUCUAUGUGUUUAAGUUGGGUAAUCGACUGAAACGGGUUCUCUGACUGUUCAACUGAAAGCAUUUGCCUUAACACCUUGUUUUGCUGCUACUCCAACUCAUCUGAUCUCUUGUUCUUUUCCUUGUUCUGUUAGCUCUAAUCCUCUGUACAGAGCGUGCUCAUACUGUGUAAUCAUGUUGACAAUCAGUGUUUUAUGGACAUCACCUUCUAAAAGCACACACACAUCUCUAAAGCAAUGAUCUGACAGAAUGUACUUCAUCAUCAUCUCCCUCAUCCUGCUGUUCAUAUCCUCAACUUUACCUUUACUGAUAGACUCAGAGGUUUAAUUAAAGGGAUUCUCUGCUAAAUGCUUGCCUCAUGAGGCCAGGUGGAAUUGCCUGAAUAUGUUCAGCCGUUGCAGCUGUGUUGUUUUGUUUUGCCAUGAUCAGAGAUUGAAUGUUGUCCUAAUAUGCUCACAUUACUACGGGCUGUUUGCAGCUAAAUCUCAUUCUAAUGCUCUGAUAUAUUAAACAGCUGAUUAAAUGUUUAAUAAACAAACUGAUUCUA